GUGUGGUUCAUUCCGGGCCCGACGCUUCAUCUUGACGCUUCUUGACGCCAUUUUGUCGGCAGGAGAGGAAACGGGGGCCUGGGUCCGGAGGAAGCGUUUCUGGAUUCUCUCAACGUCGCCGUCGGUUAUUUAUCGUCUCUUUCUGGCCUCGGGCCGCUGCAUCAUCACGGCGGAGAUGUCGGAGUACAUCCGGGUGACGGAAGACGAGAGCGAGGAGCCCAUCGAGAUCCCAUCCGAAGACGAUGGGACGGUGCUUCUCUCUACGGUCACGGCUCAGUUUCCAGGAGCAUGUGGCCUGCGCUACAGGAACCCCGUGUCGCAGUGCAUGAGAGGAGUCCGAUUGGUGGAAGGCAUUCUACACGCCCCAGAUAAUGGCUGGGGAAAUCUCGUCUACGUUGUGAAUUAUCCCAAAGACAACAAGAGGAAAAUGGAUGAGACAGAUGCCUCAUCAGCUGUCAAAGUGAAACGAGCCGUUCAGAAAACUUCUGAUCUGAUUGUGUUGGGCCUUCCCUGGAAGACAACAGAACAGGAUUUGAAGGAAUAUUUCAGCACAUUUGGAGAGGUUCUCAUGGUGCAGGUAAAGAAAGACAUCAAAACUGGCCACUCAAAGGGCUUUGGUUUUGUAAGAUUCACAGACUAUGAAACCCAGGUGAAAGUCAUGUCUCAGCGCCACAUGAUAGAUGGAAGAUGGUGUGACUGUAAACUCCCAAAUUCUAAGCAAAGUCCAGACGAACCUUUGCGUAGCAGGAAGGUGUUUGUUGGGCGUUGCACCGACGACAUGACUGCAGAUGAGCUCCGUCAGUUUUUUUCGCAGUAUGGAGAAGUGGUCGAUGUCUUCAUUCCCAAACCUUUCAGAGCUUUUGCCUUUGUUACAUUUGCUGAUGAUCAGGUUGCCCAGUCCCUUUGUGGCGAGGACUUGAUCAUAAAAGGAAUCAGCGUCCAUAUAUCCAAUGCUGAACCUAAGCAUAAUAACAGUAGACAACUAGAAAGAGGUGGAAGAUUUGGUGGUAAUCCAGGAGGCUUUGGGAAUCAGGGGGGAUUUCCUAACCGGGGGGGAGGCGGCGGAGGAGGCGGGUUGGGAAACAACCAGGGAAGUAACAUGGGGGGUGGGAUGAACUUUGGGACGUUUAGCAUCAACCCUGCCAUGAUGGCGGCGGCUCAGGCGGCGCUCCAGAGCAGCUGGGGGAUGAUGGGCAUGCUAGCUAGCCAGCAAAACCAGUCCGGGCCAUCUGGGAACAACCAGCCCCAAGGCAAUAUGCAGAGAGAGCAGAAUCAGGGGUUCAGUUCAGGGAGCAAUUCCUAUGGGAGCUCCAACUCAGGCGCAGCAAUAGGGUGGGGCUCAUCAAACACAGGCUCUGGCAGCGGGUUUAAUGGCGGUUUUGGCUCAAGCAUGGAUUCCAAAUCAUCUGGCUGGGGCAUGUAGACAACGUAACACUGAUUCUGUGGCGGGAAAUCAGAUUCCCCCCUCCCCCUAGAGCUCCUGGUAAGUAUAUAAUGACAUGCAUAUACUAAAAAAAAAAAAAAGACGGGAGUGGGGGGAUCCAAAUCAAUUUGUUCAGCGUGUAGUAUAUUUCAACAGUAUUUUUGACACAUUUUUUUCUUUUGUAAGGAGGGGAAAAAAAAGAAAAGAUUAAAUGGAAUUUUAUAGGUUUUGUUACCAUGAGUUGGAAUACAUGAGUUGGGAUAUGGAGUGGUUUGAAAGUGAACUGCUGUUUUGCCUGAUUUGGUAAACAGACGCGCUGCAAUUUGAUAGGAAUUUGUAAAAAAAAAAAAUGACACACAAAAAUAUCUAAAUUCCUCAUUUCCUAGUCAGCUGAGAUUUUUGCAUGUUUCAAAAAUGCAAGCCAUUUUUCAGAAACUGCAUCCUUUGUCCUUGUUAGCUUUUUUUCUUUUCUUUUUUUUAAAAAAAAUUAAUUUGAUCCCCCGCCAUAAGAAUUUCUCUCUCUCUUUCUCUCCCUUCCCAUUCCCCCAAAUGUCCUGUGUGGAGAAUGCAAUGUUGGUGUCGGCUUUUUUUCCUUUUAACACUGUCUCCCCUCCUCAUACUAAAGUACGGUAUGAAGACCUCAUUUAAUCCUUGCAGUUCAUCUCAUUUCAAAAAAAAAUGUUUGGAAGAAGCACUUCAUUGAGAGAGAAAAAAAAAGCAGUGCAGUAAAAUUCAAAAAAAUCAAAACACACUCAAAAAAACCAAAAGCCUGCCUUAGGAAUACUCCUGCCUCCAUGCUUUCCUCAUUCAAGACUCCCUUCAUCAUGCUGCACAUGCUACUACGUCUUAAGACGGUGGGUGUUCCAUUUUUAUCCGCUACUCUUUUUUUAUUUCAUGGAGAGUCGUAUUCAACGCUAUGAACGCAAGGCUGUGAGAUGGAAACCGGAAGGCUUGUCUGAACUUUUGGAAACCUUGUGUGGGCUUGGAUUGGUGGUGCCGAGGAAUGAGAGGGCAUGGUAUGUGCGAGAAAAAGGAGGAGGCGCAUGCAGAGAGAGACUUGGUGAUGCAUUAUGGGAUAUUCUUUAAAAAGUAUUUUUUUCCCCUUGGCACGAUGUCCCUCGAUCCUGUGGCUUUGGUGAGAGAGUGUGCGGAGAGCAAUGGGAGCGGACGUACGAGUGUUUUGUUUUUUCUCUUGGCAUUCAGACGGACAUCCCAAUCUGGAAGAACUUAGGGGGCGGGGGGCUUUUUACUUAGUUAACCAAUUAGUUGAAUGUGUUAAGUGACAAGAAUAUCUGUAAUUUUUUUCUCCUUUAUGUCAACUCUGCUGUGAAUGCUGUAUGGUGUGUGUUCCUUUCUGUUCAAUGAUCCUGUAAGUGUGGUAAUGUGACUUGACGGUGGGGCUUUUUGGAUGGGGACGUCUGGCUCGGCGGGGUGCUUUGCGGACCUUGUAGCAAAGCGCUCUCCUGAGCUCAGAGGUUCCCUUGUGGGUGGAAGUUUCUCUGUCUGUAAGAUAUCCAUAUGAAUGCUGUUUGCUGCAGUUCUGUGUUUGGAUGCUUUUAUAAGAUUUGUCAAUGUAGGAAAUUCUUAAAUAAAACUGAUUUAAGUAA